GAAGUCUAUCCAGGGAAGAUGUUCGAUUUCUGGAAGUUACUAUGGAAGUUAAAGUUGUUCAUGAGGGCAAUUUAGAGAAGUGUUCGUCUGCGGACGAGCAAGUCAAAAAGGCAGAGUGGAAGAAACGCUAUUUUGUAUUUAAACACUUUCCAGCGAGCAGCACKAAAUGUUUAGAGUAUUACAAAGACGGGAAGAACUGGCGUAAGCAAGAUGCCAAAGGUGUUCUGACUCUCCACCCAGGCUAUGAAGUCGUCAAAGUAUUCAAUUCCAAAAGAAAGUUUGUAUUUGACGUCAAAACGGUUGAACACGUAUUUCGACUCUCUGCCCAUUCUGAGGAUGACCUGAAUAAGUGGAUUUUGAUUCUAGAGAAGGAAAAUAUUGUCAAAUCGUUUGUAGUGGAGCCAGUUCUAGAUGAUGUUAUGGCAAAGAUAGGGGCCCCAAACACUUGUCAUUUGUUCAUAGCUGAUACAGAAAUACGGCUAGUCUCAGCACAAGAUGGAAGUCAGCUUAUUGCAUGGCCAUUUACUUGCUUGCGUAGGUACAUGAGCUCACGGGGAAAGUUCUCCUUGGAAGCAGGGCGUCGAGCACCAACAGGUGAAGGCAAAUUUAUAUUUAUAACAUCACAGCAUGAUGAAAUCUACAAACUGCUAGAUAAUGUCAUUAAAUCACGUGCUGGAAGUACAACAUCUGCACCUAUGUCUAAACCAAGUCAUCUACCAUUACAAGAACCAAUCCAAAAUGAUGACAGUUAUGACCAUCUUAUGUCUUCUCCACUAAAAGGUGUUGCUCCAAUACACACAGUUCAUCCCAACUAUAAUCAAAACAUUAUGAUCUCCUCUUCAAAUCAGAAAAGUACUAAGUUGCCAAACAGUAAUGAUUAUGCUUCUCCAUAUGGGCAUAUGAAAAACCAUGAAUCUGUCACAUCUUCAAGAGGAGAUGCUGAAAUAAUGCAGAAAAGUGAUGAUAUACUGCCCAGCAAAAUGCAAAAUAAUGAUGGCUAUGACCUACUCAACCCAACUAUGCCAACAAGAAAACCACCCCCUCCCCCCAUGAGUAAUGAAACCACAGGAGAAAAUGAAGAAGAUUUUUACAACACAAUCGGUUACCAGGUGACAGACAAAGAAGGAGAAUGCUAUGAUACACUAGAUCAUAGCUAUAAACAAGAUGAUACCUAUGACAGUUUGGACCAUCAACAGGGUUCUGUUCAAAAGCCUGGAAGACAUAGCUUCUCUACUUCUUUUGAGAAAGAUACUUUUGGUGGUGACACAUAUAAUAUCCUUGAACAUGUGGGGGGAACUCCUGUAAGUAGUCCUUUACCAUCAAAGGGUGUGAAAGUUGAUGAAUAUAGCACUCUUGACAGAGCUUCUUCUCACAUGGGGGCAACUAUAGGCAGUCCAGCAUUAAGGGAUAUGGGAAUUGAUGAGUACAGCACUCUUGACAGACCUUCUCAUCAUCCACCACUUCGUCAAACCAAAUCUUUCCCAAUACCUCCUCCAAAGCUUCCAACAACUGCAAGUGAGCCAGACUUGUCUCAAGGGUUUGAUCGAAGCUCCAUUUCAAGUCCAUCAAGUUUUGGCUCAGUUGAUUUUCAAUGUAGAAGUAGAGAUAGUCAACUAUCUCUACCACCUGAUGACCAGGAAUUCUAUUCAAGUAUUGAUAGUGAAGUGACAUCCAAGCAAACCAACCUAAAACCACUUCCAAAAUCAAGACAAAAAGAUGUUGAUGAGGACAAAAACAGGAACAGUGUUGUAUCUAAUCUCAGAGCAUCUCUUAUCGCUGAUGGUCUAAAUUUAAGUAAAAUCAUCCCUWGUAAGUUAGGGCUAAGAAGAUGCUCUGUAGAAACCAUAGAAGAAAGUGAUACGUAUGAUCAGAUCAAUGAAGGAGUCUCACAAAACCAGAAAAAAAUCACAAACAAGCUGAUAAGGUCUCCAUCUGCACCAACUGAGCCUGAAGACAUUUAUGAAGAUCCUGAAAUUUCAUCACAUCAGUCAAAACCCAAAGUACCUGGAAAAAAGCCUGAAAAAUCUCGCAAAAAGAAAUCAUAAUAAACAUUUUAGUGAAGUCUUCAAAAGAAAUUCCUCCUUCUAGUAUUUGAGAAACUAAAUUCUGAUAUAAUCAAAUUUUAUGUUGAUACACUUUUUACUGACAGAUAAAWUGGGACAUUUUAUGCUUAGAGCGGAUUUCGUAUGAGUGGGAAACAGAUGGUACAGYACUGUAACCGUAAUUGUACUGUAACCAAAUCCUAGUGCCCCAUUGGUUCACAAAAAUUGUGCAGGCCAGGUCCGGUAACUGUGUGGUAACCGUGCAGUAAUUUCUACUGUUUCCCACUCAUACGAAAUUGACUCUAAUAAUUAUGACUGUAUGAAUUGUUUUUACUCAUCUUCUAUGAUUGCCAAAUCAGUUUAUCUCUUUAUUGACAAUAUAUGGAUACACUUCAAAUAAUUGGUUGUAAAUCAACACAUUCACUUAGUUGAUAAUAUUGGUAAUAUACAAUGAAAUAUAAAGUGAUAUAUGUAAUGAAUUUUCAAUAUGAAUAUGCAAUAAUACUAUUAUCAUGUUAGCAAACAGAAUUCAUGCAAAUGACAGUAUAGGUAAGUAAAACAAAUAAUGAAAUAUUUAAGAAAUACAAAAUUAAACAAAUGCUUCUAUAAGUACUAAAUACUUUGUAAAAUAAAUGUAAUUGCAAGUCAACAUUGCUAGUCAUACAAUUCAGUAAAAGAUUAAAAAGCAUUAAUAUGA